AUGGACCGUCAUAUAUUUCCUGAACACUCUUCUCUCGUACUGCGUUCUCUGAAAGGCCUUGUAGGCUCUCACCCGUCUCUCACCCUCCUACCCCAAACUAAGACCGUCAUCAACGCCGCACAUGACCGCAGUAAAGUCGCGCUGAUCUGUGGGGGCGGCGCGGGGCACGAACCUGGGUCGACCGGGUUCGUGGGUAGCGGGUUCCUCUCCGCGUCGGUGAGUGGAGACAUCUUUGCUUCCCCCUCUGCCAAGCAAGUCUACACCGCCAUCAAAGCCGUCCCCUCCGAUGAGGGCACCAUCCUGAUUAUUACCAACUAUACCGGGGAUAACCUCCAUUUCGGGCUCGCGUGUCAGCAGGCGCGGGCGAACGGGAUCGACAAUGUUGCCAUUCUGCCGGUGUGCGAUGAUGUGAGCGUUGGGCGGACGAAGGGGGCGCUCGUGGGGCGGCGGGCGAUGGCGGGGACGAUUUUGGUGUGUAAGAUAUUGGGUGCCGCGGCGGAGGGCGGGUUGACGUUCCGGGAGACGCUAGAGCUUGGUCGGGCUGUUACGGGCGGCUUGCUGUCGAUUGGGUGCACGCUGGGGCAUUGUCAUGUCCCUGGCCGGGAUAAUGCCAAGUAUGGCGUUAUUGGCGAGGAUACGAUCGAAAUUGGCUUGGGCCUCCAUAACGAGCCGGGAGUGUAUGUCGUUAGUCCCCAGCCGGCUCCGGAUAGGCUCGUUGACAAGAUGUUGGAUCUCUUGCUCAAUCAGGAGGAUAAGGAGCGCGCGUUUGUCCCGUUUCAGGAGGGUGAUGCUGUAGUCUUGUUUGUUAAUAACAUGGGCGGAAUGAGUACCCUGGAGAUGUAUGCCGUUGUUGAAGAAGUGACAAGACAGCUAGAGUCGCAUCCCCUCAAAAUUCGUAUCGCACGCACUCAUUGCGGCUCAUUCAUGACAUCUCUUAAUGCUCCUGGGUUCUCUAUUACCCUUCUCAAUCUAUCCUUUGUCGCUCGCGCCCGGAAUAACGGCAAGGGUGAGGCGGAGAUCAUCGAGCUUAUUGAUGCACCUCAUGCCAGUGCUGCCUGGCCGGGGAGCAACCUCUCCUUAGUGCCCGACCAUUUGGCAAAACGGACAAGGGAAGAGAGGUUUGUUGACGUUGUGGAGGAGCCUGUCGUCAAGAUGGAGGAGAGCUCCACCAAGGUUCGGGGUAUGCUGGCGAUUUUGCUUCUUUUUGACCCCCAAGUUCUUCGUCGCGUUAUCAGAGCUGGCGCGCAGGCUGUCUUGGCUAGCGAACCGGACUUGACGAAAUGGGAUACUAUCGUCGGAGAUGGUGACUGUGGAGAAACUUGCGCCGCUGGUUCGAAAGCUAUAUUGAAAGCCCUUGAUGAUGGUCUUGGAGAAGAUGGUGAUCUCGUUGGUGUCCUUAGGGAUGUGACUGAAACGAUUGAUGACACCUGUGGCGGGACCUUGGGCGCCAUUUACAGCAUCUUCCUUGCUGCUCUCACCGCCGAGGUGCGUAUACUUGGCGCUGAGGGCCACGAGGUGAACAUGGCCAUGUGGGGUGAAGCGGCUGGUCGUGCCAUCGAGACGCUGGGUCAUAGCACGAAAGCCCGUGUGGGGCACCGCACGGUGAUGGAUGCGCUGAUUCCUUUUGCUGAGGGGCUCUCUUCGUCGACAGCUGGUGAGUCAGAGACGGACAUUUUACGGGAAGCCAUCAGGCGGUGUGUGGCUGGCGGGGAGGGUACGAGGGAUUUGGUGGCCAAGUUGGGGCGGGCGACGUAUGUUGGUGAGAAGGAGUCGGAGGGAGGUCUUCCUCCUGAUCCUGGUGCGAUGAGUAUGGUUGCGUUUUGUCGGGGCAUUGGGGCUGAGUUGUUGUAG